AGAUAAUAAAAAAAGAAACAAAUCGACAAAAAGAGAGACAUAGGGUUUUCUUCCUCCUCCGUGAGCACCAUAACGAGAAAGAUGGCGAUGGAGCUGGAUGGUGAUGGUGAUGAUGAUGCACAGAUGGGAAGGAGAAAGGCGAAGAAAGAAAUGGUUCUUAUAAGAACCUUGGACGAUGGCUGAGCGGAGAGCACAGGAAAUUAUCUGGACGAUCCAACCGUCAGUUGUUUCUGACAGAAGUAGGCAAGCUAUCAUUGGGUUCCUGCAGGGGCUGAUCAAAGAUCAAUUUGGGGUUGAGGCCUUUCCUUUUGGUUCAGUUCCUCUGAAAACAUAUCUACCUGAUGGUGAUAUUGACUUGACUGUUGUAAGCAAGCCGGGCAUGGAAAAGGACUUGGUGAUUAACAUAUAUAAUGCUCUCGUAAAGCAGGGGGAGAAUAACCCUCAUUUUCCAAUAAGGCAUGUCAACUAUGUCCAGGCGAAGGUUAAAGUCAUAAAAUGCGACGUCAUGAAUAUAUCGGUUGAUAUAUCUUUCAAUCAAAUGGAAGGACUCAGUGCCUUAUGUUUCUUUGAACAGGUUGAUCAACUUAUUGGGAGAAACCAUAUGUUUAAGCGUAGUAUCAUUUUGGUUAAAGCGUGGUGCUAUUAUGAAAGCCGGAUUCUUGGUGCACAUAGUGGUCUGCUUUCGACAUAUGCUAUAGCAGUGCUGGUCCUAAAUAUUAUUAAUCGUUUUCACCAAACACUGGUUGGUCCUCUAUCGGUCCUCUACAAAUUUUUGGACUAUUACGGGAAGUUCGACUGGGACAACUGUUGUGUUAGUCUAGAUGGUCAUGUUCCUAUAUCUUCUCUGCCAAACAUUUUGGUAGAACCUCUAAACAAUAACUUAUUGCUCGAUCGGGAAUUUCUUGAUUACUGCAAGAUGUUGUACUCUAUUCCCAUUCAAGCCGUUGAACCUGACAAGGACGAAUUCUUCACAAAGUUUCUGAACAUAAUCGAUCCUCUUAAAGCAAACAACAACUUAGGCAGAAGUGUGGCGAAAGGCAGUGCGAAAAGGAUAAGAUUUGCAUUUGCUGCUGGAGCUAAGAAGCUGAAAAUGGUGUUCACGGAAUCAGGUGCGGGCAUGGGGACCGGAAUCGAAGAGUUCUUUUUUAACUCGAUAGAGCGUAACGGAAAGGGCGAACGGAUGGACGCUGAGGUGCCUGUAAAUGUAUUUGGCACCGGAAAGUCGGACGCCUCUAAUCUGAGUGGAGACUUCAUGCUCCACUACCGAAGUCUCCUGUCUGGUCAGCUGUUCCACGGCUACCAAAUGCCUCACAUUGUUCAACAUGUGCCUCGGCCACCACUGGCUGCUCAUUUCCAGGAUACGAAUGCUUGGAAUAUCGCUCAGCGGCUCAUAUCCCGCAAUCUGCAAAACGUUCCCCAGGGGCCUCCAAUCAUUUUUGUCCCGGUACCGUUGUUCGCUUAUCAUGUUCCGCCUCAACAGACUCCGACCUUUGUUCCUUUCCAUAAUCUCCAGACUCUCCCUACAUCUCGCGGGACCGGCACCUACAUCCCCCAUCUGAGCCGGUUUGCUAAUAAUGGGCAUAGGCAGACGCUUCCCGUGACAAGGGAUGAUGUAAGAACGAACUCUUUGCCAAUCGUGCAAGCUGCUUCCAAGCAUCCAACUCUAGAGUUCGAGUAUCCGCCUAAAGCAUUUGAUACAUGA